AUGGAGAGGUACUUGCCAUUUGCUGGGAUGGUAAUGGUGGAGUGUUUGGAUGUGGGAAUGACCACACUAAGCAAAGCAGCCAUGUCCAGAGGAAUGAGUCACUUUGUUUUUGUUGUCUACUCCAAUGCUCUUGCCACUCUCAUCCUCCUCCCUCCUUCUUUCAUUAUCCACAGAAAUAAGAGACCACCAUUGACCUUCUCCAUUUUAUGUAAAUUCUUCCUUCUUAGCCUUGCUGGGAUCACUAUUAUGCAGAACUGUGUGUUUACUGGGGUAAGCUACAGCUCUCCCACUCUUGCUUCUGCAAUGAGCAAUUUGAUCCCAGCUUUCACUUUCUUUCUUGCUGUCAUCUUCAGAAUGGAGAAGUUAGAUUUGAGAAACUCAAGAAGCCGGAUCAAAAUCAUUGGCACCCUGGUGUCUAUCUCAGGAGCACUGGUUGUAACUCUCUACAAGGGUGCUCCUCUUUUAUCCAAACCAGUUCCUGACACUUCACCCUCGAACACCUCUUCGUCGACAUCCAUGAAUAAUUGGAUCAUCGGAGGCCUUUUCCUUGCAGCAGCUUCUUCAUGUGUUGCAAUAUGGAAUACUGCUCAGGCUGCCAUUCUAAAAGGUUACCCAUCAGAGAUGACCAUAGUCUCCUUUUAUUCAUUAUUUGGAACCAUUCAAUGUACAAUACUUUCUUUGUUCUUUGAGAGGAAUCCAAAUGCCUGGACGCUGAGGCCUGACAUUGAGCUUGCCUCUAUCUUCUAUUCAGCUAUUUGUGGAGGUGUUGUAACAUUCUCUGUGCAAACAUGGUGCAUUAAGAAGAAAGGACCAGUGUUUGUGGCUAUGUUUAAGCCUUUAGGAAUUGCCAUUGCUGCUACGCUAGGUGCUAUCUUUCUAGGGGAAGAACUCCAUGUUGGAAGUCUUAUUGGAGCAGUGGUCAUUGUUGUGGGUUUUUAUGGAGUAAUCUGGGCACAAUCCAAAGAGGAAAAAGGUUUGGAUAUAAGAACAAAGGAAGAUGAUGAAUUCCAAGAAGAUGAUGAGGUUGAUAGGCUGCAGCCAUUAUCUCAGAAGAAGCCUCUAUUGGAGAGCGAAGCACACGUCUGAAACAUGUUGUAUGACUAGAUGCAAUAACAUAAGCUACAGUAUCACUAUAGGAACCUCUAUAUUCCUAGCAACAAGAAAAACAAAAUUCAUGUACAUAAUGGGAGUCUAUGGCAUAACCAAAUACAUAAAUGUAGUAAUUUCAUUUUGUUUCCUUA